UUUGAAGUUCAUUUCCCUCCUGAAUAUAUCCUCGCUUCAGAUGUGCAAGAGGCAUUAGCACACCAACCAUCAUCCUCGAAACAAAGUUCUGCGACCUCCUUGUUAUCACCUCCGUCGUCACCACCCCUCGAUUCCAUAGUGCACCUAGAGAGAUCGCGGCAACAGGCUCCAUUGCAAGAUGAGAAGGAAGAAGCUGAAAAAGAGGAGCACACUCCUCCCGAUGACGGGGUGGAGAGAUAUGAAGAAAUGAUUCUCGAAGGUGCCCGAUACCUUUGCUCUGUGCCCAAAGUGGCAGCGACAAAUGAAAUAGAAGAUGCGGCUACAACCCCGGCUGAGCAAGAGAAAGAACUGGCGCGAGCUGCUGAUCGUGGAUUGGAAUUACUUAGUGAUAUGAAAGGGAGAUGUAUGUACUACGUUGCGGGAUGGUGGUCUUAUUCCUUCUGUUAUAUGGACCAGAUCAGGCAGUUUCAUGCUCUGGCGCCGGGGAAUGGAGUCCCGGCUUACCCGCCUGUUGAAGACCCUGCCGCGCAAUCUUAUGUCUUAGGAAGAUUCCGUGGCGAGAAGCAGGGCAAUAAGAAUGGAAAGGGUAGUAGAAAUAGCCAGUCGUCGUCUGGCGGUGAUCGAAAAUCCUCUACAACGGAGGUGGCAGAGCUACAGGCCAAUGGAUGGAACCUUAUGUGA